GUGGAAAAAGAAGAAGACAGAGGAAAUUCUUUUUGAGCUUGACGCAGCUGAGUGAGGUCGACAAUAUCUGCAAAAAUGGUGUUUUAUCUAAAACAUGUGUUAACUGACCAUCGCUUUUACCUGGGCAAUGGUAUUCAUUUUCUGGGAGACAGCGGAGAAUGCAAUGUAGUACUAAGCUACGACAAUAUGUCCGAUAUCCAAGCCGUCGUGGUUGUAAAUAAUGGAAGGAUUUUCCUUAAAGACAUGGAAUCCACCCAUGGCACAUAUCUGAACUUUACGGAACAGCGCCUUGGCAAUACCUUCUAUGAACUUUUCGUUGGCGAUAAUGUGUCCUUUGGGGUCGGAGCAUUCGGACACGAACCGGACACUCCGCUGACCUGCGGAUGCUUCAUCCUUAGGUCGGAUGAGACCGAUUCUUAUCUGGACUUCCCCGAGUCUUCUCCCUACGAGCUCGAUUACCAGGAGGCCAACGAGGAGGACACCGAGGAGGACACCGAGGAGGACACCGAGGAGGACACCGAGGAGGACACCGAGGAGGACACCGAGGAGAACACCGAGGAGUACUUCUUCGAGACCACAUAAAACAAGUGCAUGACAAGACGCUAUACCGACAAAAUCCUCUCAUAGGUAUAGGGUGACUUUUUAAUACUCUAUGCCUUUUUAAUACUCUAUAUCUAAAUACACUAACCGAAAAGAA